AUGCUUAUUAGAAAUUAUUUGAUAGCGGAAGCUAAUCCUAUUAAAAGGUUUCUUCUUUUAAAACACAAUAGCUAUCAAACCAAAGAACAUAUUAGAACAAUUAAAGGAGUUAACUUCAGAAUCUGCAACACAACCUACAAUCAUUUUAAUAAAUUGAGUUCAGUUAUAGUGCUUCAAAAUAAAUACCGUGCAAGGACAUAUUCAAAAGGAAUUGUUAAUGAAGAUAUUUUCAAAGGAAAAAGCAUUGAAAGUGAAAAUGAUAUAAAUGAAAUUAAGGAACUUUUUACACAACCUCGAGUGACGUUGAACGAAUUCGCAUCAAAAUUGCAGGAGAAAUCUUUUGAUAUUCACUACAAACAAACAGUCGUCACCCCUAAGGGUGGCAAGAAAAGGGCCGUACAGAAUGAUUGGACUUGCACCUACACAUUUAUAUGGCCGGAGAAAAUUAAAUUUGAAAGCACAGCAAUAUCGAAACGACAAGCAGCUGAAAAGUCAGCACUUCAAGCGCUUCAUUGGCUUUAUAAAAAUAAUAAAAUAGAUAAAACAGGUAGUCCCGUCUACGACAGGACGGUUUUAAAGGAAAUUCAGAGUUCACUUAACAAAGACUUAUAUGUGACUAUUGGCGAAAAUUCUAUGGAAAGAGUAAACAGAAUAUGGAGCGAUUAUGAAAGUGACAUUAAAAAAAUAUACGAUAUUACAUUUAAAGAAGCAAGCCAGAAGCUAUCAGCAAAUAUACCAAAUGUCAUGAAAAAUGACUCGACUAUUGAUGAAGAAGACUUUUCAAAUGAAGAAAUAUCUCAGAAUGGAUCAGAGAAAAUGGAAGAAUUCAAUGAUUUCAAAACAAAAAUACAUCCCGUUUUUGGAAAACCAAUAACAACUUCCACAUCGGCGUUGAUGAAACGUGAAAGAAUUCUCAAACAGACAUUCCUCAGCUAUGACGAAGCCUUAACACCUUUGCCAAUAGACCAAUAUGCUGAAGAAAUAACAUCCACUUUAGACAAAUCUCGUGUGUUAGUGGUAGUAGGCGCGGCAGGUUGCGGGAAGUCUACGCGGGUUCCAGCCGCGAUAUUAAGGUAUAGCGGGGUUCAUACUACGGCGAUAGUGUCCGAGCCAAGGCGAGUGGCGGCAAUAGGCCUGGCUCAAAGAGUUGCUGAUGAAUUGGGUGAACAGGUAGGAGAAUCCAUAGGCUAUCAGGUCCGUCUACAUUCCAAACUGCCUCGUCCGCCCGGCGGCGCCAUACUUUAUUGCACAUCAGGAGUUUUACUGCGACGGCUUCAAAUGAAUCCAGGUCUAGAGGGGUGUUCUCAUGUCUUCAUAGACGAAGCGCACGAAAGGGAUGUCAAUACUGAUGUAACUUUGUUACUACUGAAAAGAGCUUUAGAUAUUAACCCUGAAUUGAAGAUAAUUGUAAUGAGCGCUACAUUGGACACGGCUGUAUUUACUAAAUAUUUCGACGAUUGUCCAGUCAUAGAAGUACCAGGUAGAACGUUUCCAGUUGAAAUAUCUUAUUUGGAAGACAUACAAAGUAAAUUUAAUUUAAAACUACCCUCAACUGAGGAAAAUUCUAAAACUGAUGGGAAACCACAAAUAAAUUGUCAAGAGAUCAUAGACGUAAUAAAAGCAGUGGACAAAACUCAAUGUGAGGGUGCAAUACUAGUGUUCCUCCCUGGCUGGGCUGAAAUUAAGCAAACUAAAUUACUGUUAGACGAUUUGUACGCGAAUUCACCUUUAUACAUGGUGCUACCAGUACAUUCUAGGUUAUCAACAGACGAACAGAUAAAAAUGUUCGCAAAACCGCCACCAGGUGUGCGAAAAAUUGUAUUAUCAACUAAUAUAGCAGAAACUUCCAUCACUAUACCUGAUGUGGUUCACGUCAUUGAUAGUGGGUCCUUCAAAGAAAACCGCAUCAAGGAAGGCACAGGUACAGCAAGCUUAGAAACAGUAUGGGUUUCUAAAGCCGGCGCUAAACAGAGAGCGGGCAGGGCGGGGCGUGUGCAGCCGGGUCACUGCUACAGAUUAUAUACAAAAGAAAAAGAAGCCGAAUUCAGUCCGCACACGACUCCAGAAAUAUUAAGGAUACCGCUAGAACAAACUGCACUCGAUUGUAAAUCUUAUGCCCGAAACGAUAAGGUUGAGAAUUUUUUGUCACAACUGCCCGAACCCCCGAGCAGAAAUGCGAUACGGCUUGCUGUUAAUGAUCUUAUAGAUUUGGGUGCUUUUACACCGUCUGAGCAACUAACUCGGCUCGGUGUUAUAUUAUCGUCUAUGACUCUACACCCGCGGUUGGGACGCAGCGUUCUAAACGCGGCGUUUUUCGGCGGCGUUCUGGCCGCCGCCAAUGUGGCGACGCACUGCGCUGACAACGUGGACCUGUUUCGUAAUUCCGCUGAUAGGAGAGAAGAAAUAAGAGAAAUCAAACGUAAAUUCAGUCCAACAUCAGACCACUCGGCAUUACAUUGGCUACAAGAUACCUUCGAACAAAAACUGGAGGAAAUCGGUUGGAAAAAUAUAGACGAAUGGUGCGACAAAUAUGGCUUGAGGAAGGACAGGUUGAGUUAUGUUAAAUCGAUAUCGAACCUGCAUCUGGAACAUUUGUUGAAAACCGAUAUAAUUGAUUCAAACACUGAACCAUCAGAGUUAAACCGUUUUUCCGACAUCGACGAACUGACGGCCGCCAUUUUGUUAUCCGGUUCAAAUACGCUAUUGGUUUCUAGAAAAUAUGUGAAGACUAAAGGCAAAUUGAUGACUGUCAUUGAUUUGUGUACAAGCAAAGGUGAAAAAGCCCACAUUGGCAGUGAAAGUGUGAACUACGGUAUAACAAAACGUAAACACAGCACUCACCUUUUAACCUACUUUGGAGGUUAUCAUUCUAUGGAAAGAAGAGCUCUAGUAGUCCAUAGAACUUCACUAAUACCGCCACAUACUGUGUUGUUGUUUUCUAUGGGAAAUAUAGAAAGAAAUGUUAUGGAUGCAAAUAGUGAAACUACAGAAUUAUACCUUCCCAGACAUAAAUUAAAAAUUCAAAUGCCGACUGCUCAAGCAGAUGCAAUAUUAAAGGCAAGGGAAAUGCUCUGGGACACGCUACAGUAUUUCAUAGAGAGAGAUAUUAAAAAUAUAAGUUUUGAUGAAUUCACAAAAACUUCCCACUUCAAAACAAGGCUUGUUAAAGCGCUAGGAAGGAUUCUAGUCGAAGCAGACAAAGAAUAUAUACAAGAUCGUAUAACUGAAAAAGAUUUUAGA